CGGAGUCAUGUCGACGCAGGGAGCGUCGGAUUCGGUGCAGGAGUGGCUUCGUCUGCGAGCGUUGGCAAGAUAUCUUGCUCCCAACAACAUCACUGCCGACGUCGUCAAUGCCGAACAUGGCGAACCCGCGCCGGCGUCGCUGGCCGAGAGCCCUCUUCUGACGGCCGUGACGCAGAAUGGCGCAUUGCGUAUGAACUGCGACCGCGCCUUUGUCUCGCUCAUCGACUCAAACACGCAAUACAUCCUCGCCGAAGCGACACGGUCCAUCUCGAUCCGCGACUCGACCAGCUUCGCCAACCCCCAAGAUGCCCUCUUCCUUGGUGUGCAGAGUCUGAACAAGGAAUACGGCAUCUGCCCACAGUCCGUCGCCAUCUUCACCGACCGCACCGGCCGCAGAGCUGUAAACACUCAUGGCGUCGUCGCCAAUACCACUCGCUACGUGAUCCGCGACUUGAGAGAGCUCGACCAGUACAAACACUGCCCCUAUGUCGUCGGCUUCCCACACAUGGUCUCCUAUGCUGAGGUGCCCGUCAAGAGUGCUAGUGGCCACAUACUUGGAACAUAUUGUGUCAUGGACAACAAAAUCCGCGACGACUUCUUCAACGACAGUACCAUCGACGUACUGAACGACAUAGCAGCAUGCAUCACCGAGCAGUUGGAGCUCCACGCCAUCAGACAAGAGUCCGGUCGAGGAGUACAAAUGAUGAGGGGCUUGUCCGAGUUCAUCGAAAGCAGAAGAGCAAGAGCAGACAGCACCGGCGCCACAUCACGAAAGGGCUCUUUGAACAACAUCACAGAUUAUUUCGAAGGCCAGCAGCAACAAUCAGAAGCCAUGUCGUCCUCGACUUUGCCAGACUCUGAGAAGCAGAGUUCUGAUGACGCUUUCACUCGAAACUCGACCCCACCAACACCCUCUGAGCAUACCGUGUCCUUACCAAGCCCUGGAGUCUGCGAGCCGGCGCUGGACAUGCACCACAAUUCGUUAGGGGGCUGUCGGACCAUAAAGGACAUUUAUUCGGGAGCCGCCCAUCUCAUCCGCGAUGCCAUCGACGUCGAGGGAUUAGUCUUCCUGCAUGAGUCUACUCACAAUGCAUUCAACGGCUUCACACAGUCUGUGUCGGAGCCGAUGUCAGCUGCAGGUGCCUCUGAAAAGAGUGCGGCAUCAUCUGUUUGCGAGGUUCUUGGAAGCUCCGUCGUACCUGGUGGCUGCAAUCUUGGCACUCUGCAGCAGCCACUGAUCAUUCAUGACACUUCACUCCACUAUCUCAUCCGGAACUUNCCCCGAGGUUGCGUCUUUGUAUCCGACACUCAAGGAAAUCCCGUCUUUGAGAAGGAAGGUGCUUUCAUUGCUCAGACUUACUCCCACCAGACCUCAUCUGCCGCUGUUCAAGUUUCUGGUGAACUCCAAUCUUUGAUUCGCAAAGCUCGUUCCUUGAUUUUCCUCCCUCUCUGGGACGCCAUGCAGGAGAGUUUCAUCGUAGGUAUGCUUGGCUGGACCAGCGAUCCUACACGAGUACUUGCAGAGCAGGACAUGACUUGUCUGUCCGCCUUCGGCAACACCUUCAUGACCGAGAUUGCAAGAACCGAGAUGACCGAAUUGGCCCGCGCUAAAUCUGACUUCCUUUCCUCGAUCAGUCAUGAGCUCCGAUCGCCGCUUCAUGGAAUCCACGCCGCUGUCGAUCUCUUGCAAGAUCCAGAACAUGACUCCAAGCUCGAGUUGGUCGAAAUGAUUCAGAGCUGUUCCUCCACACUACUGGACACAUUGAAUCAUGUACUGGAUUUCUCACGGGUCAACAAACUUACCGAUGUCAAGAUCGAGGCACAACCCCUCUCUAAAGCUGAGAAGCAAGAGGGUAACCAAAAUGCCUUCGGAGAGAUGAGUCAAGAAUACCUAUGUGACCUUGUCCUAUCAGUAGUCGAAGGGCUACACUUUGGACAGGCUUCCCGAAAGGCCACUUUCGAAAAGCUACAGAGCACCAUCGUCGACCAAGUCGCCAAACCCAAUCUUACCCCGGACUCGCCGUCGAUCAAUGCUGUUAGCAACAAGGUCCCUCUCCCGCAAGUUUCCGAUGCCGUUGCUGUCUAUGUUGACAUUGAGAGUCGAUCAGAUUGGUGCAUGAUGGUCUGUGCUGGCGCAUGGAAGAGACUCGUCAUGAAUCUCUUUGCCAACGCUUUGAAAUAUACUCACCAAGGAUUCGUUGAGGUGUCCUUGAAAGUCUUGUUAGAUCCCAAGAAUUCCACCAAGCGACGCGCUCAUUUUAUGGUCAGCGACACUGGCAUUGGCAUGAGUCCCGACUUCUUGAACCGAAGUCUCUACCAACCCUUCGUGCAGGAGAAUCCCAUCGCUGAUGGAACUGGGCUCGGACUCAGUAUCGUCAAGAAGAUCGUUGAAGACUUGCAAGGCACAAUUGAAGUACAAAGCACCCAAGGCGUCGGAACACGCUUUGAUGUUUUUGUACCCCUUCCAGAUCACAUCUCAAUAGAGGAGGUUCUGCCUCUUGGUGGUCAAAGACUGGAUCCGAAGGGAACGCUCAAAGAUCGGACCAUCUGCUUAUUAUCACGAUCCGGUAUGCCCAGGGACGCGGAUGCCGAGCUGCGACUUCGACGUACAACAACGAUGCAGUCAUAUGUGCGCUCCAUCGCAGACACCUGGUUUGGCAUGAAGAUUACAACCAGCGAUAGCUUGAGUGAUAUCGAUGUCGACAUCGUCAUCGCCGAAGAGGCACAUCUCGCUGAUCUGGUUCUCGCCAAUCCAGAUCUCCUGGAAACGCUCGCCAAACAACGCAUAGUCUUGGUGGAUGCUCAGCUGUCUCACCAUCCCGGCAGGCUUCGACUCCCUGGCAGUAUUGUGAACCUAGCAUACCCGCUCAGUCCGAAAGCGCUUGUUCGUGCUCUUACUGCCAGCUUGAACUCAACGAUAGAGCCUCAAAUACCGUCACUGAAGCAUAGCAUUCUCCUGGAAUCUCCCAAACCGAUAGAACAUGUCGAACAAGCUAUCACAGUCAAGCUGGAAAUCCAGAGUUCUCCGCAGACGAUCAUACCUACAGGCCAAAAACAUGAUCUUACUGAAUUCAACAACCUGAUGCGGCAAGAUCAACAACACUUCCUCCUCGUUGACGACAAUGCCAUAAACCUACGUCUUCUCUCCACCUUCAUGAAGAAGCUCGGCUACACCUCCGAAACCGCCGUCAAUGGGCUAGACGCGUUUGACAAGUUCAAAGCUUCAUCCUCGAAAUUCACUACUAUCCUCAUGGACAUUAGUAUGCCUGUAAUGAAUGGAUUCGAGUCCAGCCGUGCGAUACGAAAUCAUGAGAAGAUGUUGGAAGAGAAAGAAGGAGGACAAAGGCANGUAAGGAUUAUUGCUUUGACGGGACUUGGGUCUGAGGCUUCGAAACAAGAGGCCAAGAUGAGUGGUAUUGAUGAAUUCCAUACCAAGCCGGUCAAGUUCAAUGCAUUGAAAGAACUUUUGGAGAAG